UGGGUGGUAGAGGAAGUAGCUGGUGAUGCUGGAACAAACAUGGCCGCCCCGGUUCCCCUCGGCUGCUCGGGCUCCUACUGUCUGCGGCUGCUACCGCUGCUGGCGCUGCUGGCGCUGCUGGUCGACCCCGGCCUGGGUCGCGUCCACCACCUGGCGCUCAAAGAUGAUGUGAGGCAUAAAGUCCAUCUGAACACCUUUGGCUUCUUCAAGGAUGGCUACAUGCUGGUCAACGUCAGCAGCCUCUCUGUGAAUGAGCCCAAGGGAGCCGUGGACCCGAGUGCUGAGAUCGGCUUCAGUCUAGAUCGGACCAAGAAUGAUGGCUUUUCUUCUUACCUGGAUGAAGAUGUGAAUUACUGUAUUUUAAGAAAACAGUCGAUGUCUUCUGUCACCCUUCUCAUCUUAGAUAUCUCCGGAAGUGCAGUCAAGGUCAGAUCCCCACCAGAAGCUGGCACCCAGUUACCAAAGAUUGUCUUCAGCAAGGAUGAGAAAGUCCUGGGUCAGAGCCAGGAGCCUGCUGUCAGCUCCACGCCCGAAGUCAGCAAGGUGCAGAGAGCCCCAGAUGGUUCGAAGACUAGAAGAAGUGCAGUGGAUUCCAAGGCAACAGCAGAGAAAUCCUUCUCAAUUCAUAAGAAUGAUGGGGCAGUUUCAUUUCAGUUCUUCUUUAACAUCAGCACUGAUGACCAGGAAGGCCUGUACAGCCUUUACUUUCACAAGUGCCCAAGCAGCAGCAAGUCGAGGGCUGGUGAGCAGGUCUCCUUCAGCCUGAAUAUUGACAUCACCGAGAAGAACCCUGACAGCUACCUCUCUGCUGGGGAGAUCCCUCUCCCCAAGUUGUACAUUUCCAUGGCCUUGUUCUUCUUCCUUUCUGGGACCAUCUGGAUUCAUAUCCUUCGUAAGCGAAGGAAUGAUGUGUUUAAAAUUCACUGGUUGAUGGCGGCCCUUCCUUUCACCAAGUCUCUUUCUUUGGUGUUCCAUGCAAUCGACUACCACUACAUCUCCUCGCAGGGCUUCCCGAUCGAAGGCUGGGCUGUUGUGUACUACAUAACUCAUCUUCUAAAGGGGGCGCUGCUGUUCAUCACCAUCGCUCUCAUCGGCACUGGCUGGGCCUUCAUCAAGCACAUCUUGUCUGAUAAAGACAAGAAGAUCUUCAUGAUCGUCAUCCCGCUCCAGGUGCUGGCAAAUGUGGCCUACAUCAUCAUAGAGUCUACUGAGGAGGGCACGACAGAGUAUGGCUUGUGGAAGGACUCUCUGUUCCUGGUUGACCUGCUGUGCUGUGGCGCCAUCCUCUUCCCAGUGGUGUGGUCAAUCAGACAUUUACAAGAAGCCUCAGCCACAGAUGGAAAAGCUGCCAUUAACUUAGCAAAGCUGAAGCUUUUCAGACAUUACUACGUCUUGAUCGUGUGCUACAUCUACUUCACCAGGAUCAUUGCCUUUCUUCUCAAGUUCGCCGUUCCGUUCCAGUGGAAGUGGCUUUACCAGCUGCUGGAUGAGACAGCCACGCUGGUGUUCUUUGUCCUGACGGGGUAUAAAUUCCGUCCGGCUUCAGAUAACCCCUACCUGCAGCUCUCUCAGGAGGAAGACGACCUGGAGAUGGAAUCUGUAGUGACGACGACGGGCGUGAUGGAGAACAUGAAGAAAGUCAGGAAAGUGACCAAUGGUGCUGUGGAGCCUCAGGGCGACUGGGAAGGCACGGCGUGAUGGGACCCGCUCUGAGGAUCCGCCGCCCUCAAUGAAAACUAACUUAUUCCUAGCCCCAUCCGCGAGCCAGCGUGCUCGUGACAGGACCGUGCCAUCUCCCAACAGUGACUCCAGCGCUCAUGGCGCGGCUGAGUGCCGUGGACACCUCCUUUUGUACUCUUAGAGAAUCUGGAUUGCGUGGGCUACAGGCAGCUAGGACUGCACUCAGGGAGGGGAGGAAGCCUAGAGGAGGGUAAGGGAGGUCUGCCUGGUUCACCUUGCUGAUUGGGAGUCGGGGCUCCCUGCAGGAGAACCCCAGCAGCUGCCACUCAGAAAGGCUGUGGUGGUGGGAAGGGAAGGUCUGCCACUGCUCACACAGCUUUGGAGGCUGAGGGUGCGGCUCACUGCUUGGCCAAGCAUUCAUGAGGCUCUGGGUUCAAUUCCUAGUACCAGGGUGGGGGGAAAGAAGCUACCCUGGGGUGUAUUCUGGUGUCUACCAAGGACACAGAGAAGGAAAGGAGAGAUUGCCCGCCUUUGGGGAACAAAAGCAACAGAAACAUGAAAUGUUUUAGAAAGCCAAAUAGUCACCCUAGGUGGUCUGAAGCACCUGCCCAGGGGCCCUGGCCCCAUGCACCACUCUGAGUGUUGUCCUCUCUCCUGAUGGUGACCCAGAACAGCGGCACUGGAAGCCAGCUGAGAGGACCCAUCCAUUGCUGUCCAGGCCACUGCCAGCACCACAGCCCUGCUGGAGAGAAUCGCUGUCUCCAGGCAUGUCUCCUGAAGGGAGACUCCAUCCCCCUGCCUGUCCAGAGCAGCCCUCCGCCUUCCUCUCCUUCACCUGUGUCUCCUGAGGAGAGUCAGGGAAAAGAGGAGAGGGUUCCCUGAGGAGCCGCUGGGGCAGAGGGCACGUCUGAGCAAAUACCUAGGAAAAGCUUGUUCCACAGCUUGUACAGACAGGCAGGACUUCUGAGCCUCUACUACGUAGGCCAGGCGUGCGUGAAGGAAGUGAGCACAGGUGAGCUGCUGGGUCAGGAGACAGCAAGGCUGCUCAGAGCUUGGGCAGGAACACCAGCGACUGCCUGCCUGCAUGGGACAGUGCUGCAGCCGAGGCGAGCUUAGAAGGCGUGUGGCCAAGGGCACAGGUGACCGGCUCAGCACCUCAGAGCUGCUUAGUGCCCAGGACUUGUAGGUGAGUCACAGCUUCACGGAACAGGGGCUCCCUGGGGUGACUGUUACUACCUCCCAGUGCAGAAGACUCCGAUCUCUGUCUGUCUCCCCGCCCCACCCGGCUUCCACAUCCCCACCUCCAGCAGGAAGCCGCUUCCCUGCUGUCCAGUCUGAGCAGGUCCCUCUCCACCACAGGUGUAUCCAGAGGAAGGUAGACAGACCUGAAGGGCUCGUUGAAGAGACCCUUUCUCCUCAUGUUUUGUUCUGGUUUAUUUGCUUUAGAUAAGUGACGGGCAGGGGGUUGGAGAGGAGAGGGGUACUUUUUAGUGCUCUGUUUUCUGCACAUAAGCACUACCAGCACUGUGGCAGAAGUGUGUUCCUGUGGUGACGUCCGAGCCUGCCCCUCAGGGGCAUGCUGCUUCCUUGCCUGCAGACAUUGUUGACAGGCCCUAGACUCAGAAGGUGUGAGGCGGCCUCCCCCAGGCAGGGUUUCUAUGGAGGGGCCUUACUUGCUGCCUUUUAAUAAGGCUGCUCUGUCGGAGAGCGAGAGGGGACUGUGGACAGCCUGGUCCUUCCAGAGCAUGGGUGCCCAGGCAGGAAGGUGGGCCAGAGCAGUGUCUUUCCCAAGUGCUGCCCUGUAACUGCUGUAGGUGGGAAGUCAGGAAUGAUGGGAUCAGAAGCCUAGCACGGGGCUGGGGGACUGGCUGGUGUGCCUGGGCGGUGGGAAGGGAGACUUGCAGCUCUUUGUCCUGCACUGACAAUGUUCUCAUCUCCGUCGUCAUCUGGGAGCUGUGAGCCAGCGUUCAGCGGGUCCUUGGGUAGAGGAGUCUGAUUGGAGUCCAGCGAGUGCUGCCUGCUUGCCCCAGCUCACCAGCUGCCCUCUGCAGCCUGAGUCUCGACCCACCUGGCUCGGCAUCCCCGGGUUUGAACGGUGAAGCCCUUGUGCGGGAGGGGCUGAGCAAAAAUGGGGCGCACAUUGCAGUGCCUCUGUGGUAUUUAUAGCUCUGCUCUGUGUCCCCCCUGCCUCUGCCUGUGUGAGGUGUCCAUGCUUCCUUUGAGAGUUCUGUGGACUGGAAGCUGCAGGCUGUGACAUUUAAUAAAAUGUGGAUUUUGCUAGAAAAUUAUUUCUUGGACAUUAGGAGCAAGUGUUAAGCUCUGAGUCUCGGUACUUAACUUGAGGACUCAGUCAGCCUCCUACAUUUGAUAGCAGAGUAUUGUCUAAUGUUUAGUCUGACUGGGGUUCAUUCUCUCCGGUGCAACAGCUCACUCCAGGGUCAAAGAUCCUGCCUCACACCAGGCCUGUGUCUGUUCAGUUUUCCUUCAAAAACCACUUCCGAAUAAAUACCUUCAUGUCCCACUCCCCAACCUCCGCCUGCUCCGCUAGCCAGGGCCGCACAGCUCCUGAGGUGCUUGUCAGGGUUCUGCUCCUCUUGGCCCCCCAGUCUUCCUCUCCCUCCUCUUCUCUCCCCUGCUCCUCCUCUCCCUUCACCCCACCCCCUCAGCCCGCUUUCCCGGAGACUCCCUCCCUCGGCCCUUCCCCGCACACUGGCUGCAGCCUGGUGCACUGCAGCAUUGUAUGCCAGCAGCGCAGUGCAGGAUGCAUUUUCUAAACCAGCGAGCGAGCGUGCGAGCGUGUGUGCUGUCCCGAGUGCAAGCUAUGCAAACUAACACUGGGUGGCUGCUUUGUACCAGCGGUGGUCUCCCCGCACCUCAAUGCCUGUCUCACUCUUGGAGUGGAGUCUAAAGCCAGUCUUUGCCGAAGGGGAAGCGCAUCAAAGAUUCCUGUGUUCAUUUUCAGUGGCCUCUGGCCACCUCCCAUAUCCCAAAGUGUGUUCCUCGAGGAAGCAUUAGUCUGCUGAGGUUGCUGGCCCAGCUCCACAUCCCCAGGAGGACAGCUGAGCAUUUCAGCCUCCCUCUGCCAAGCUGCUGAUCCUCACAGGAAGAUCUACCUACCCCCACCCCCAGCCCUGCUCCCACACUCCAGCACCCGCCUCAGCUUGUGCUGGCUCUGGGCUGCCCCGGCCUGCCCGCUGCUGCUGCCUUGCCUCUCUGGAGUUCGUUGAGGGCCUUAUUUGUAUCUCUUGGCUAUCAGGUAUUCAUUUAGAACAGGUCGGUGUGCUCAAAGAUCUAUCCCGUACUCCAGCUUUCCCAAGGCUUCCCUGGCAGGAAUCUGUCAAAUCCAGUCAUAGGAGUCUCGCUCAUACCUGUACCACCAAGAAUGUGAUCACAGAUCAUAGGCCACGGGGUCUUCCAGUGCCCCCGGGGCCCCUUCUGUCCUGUAGAGGUGUGUAUUUCAUGCUUUAAAAGUAUCAUACAUUUACGUGGCCCUCUGCCUGGGCAGGGGACCACCUCCCUGCUUCCCAGCACUAUAGAGAGACUGAACUAUGGACAAGACAAGCUUGGGAGCAGACAUGAUCAUGGUGUGUUGGGACCUGGUAUGAUUCUGAGGACGAGAAGAUUACUGACAGGCCACCAAGUUCCUGAUGUGUCCAGAAAGAGCGAAGUGAGACAGAUUCACACCCAAGACAGGAUGUAGUUGAGGCUGUGCCAUGGAUGGGGAGCUGGAAGGCCAGCCUUAGCAUCCAAGCACCAUCUCCUUCUGCAAAGGGCCAGAAACCCUGUCCACACGUGGGAACUUUCCAAUCCCUAGGCAGCGAUGACCCAAAUAUUUCUCAAACUGAAUAACCCAGAGGUUUCACCUGCAGGAGGUCUUAUGGGCCUGUGUGCCCUACUCAGGUUGGGGUGCAGGGGCUAGGGGCCACUGAGUAAAUUUAGCAUUAGCCAUUGAACAUUUACAAGCAUGUGUGUGAAUGUGUUCAGGAUUGGUGGGCUGGCCACUGUAUAGAGGCAUUUCACUGCAGAACAAACGUCCAAUAAAGAUUCCAUGCUGGGAA